AUGUGGAAUCCACCUCCACCCGACCUUCAGAUCAACAUCAAGCGUCCACCCAGCACCACACGUCCAAAGUCUCAAGGCGUCAAUGGGCAUACUCAAAGCAACAACGUCUCGCCCAGGAUCAGCCUGAGCAACGACCAAAACCAUGCUAUCAUCAAUAGUUACCACGGCCACCACAAUGGUGCUAAUGACGACAAUAAUCGCCCCCCAAAUGACACCAGUGGCAAUUCGCUUCCCCACCGGUUGAACUCCAUGAACCGCCCUACGAUCACAGUGUCAUUGCCUCAGCCUCGGCUCGAAAAGGUCGGGCCCUAUCUUGCCAUUGCAACAUUACAGGCAUAUACGGUUCUGACAGUUGUGCGAUGUUUGGCAGACCCGGCCUGGAUUGUGAAUCGCGAUAAGAAUGCACCCAGUGAUGCGAACCACAUGGCUGAGAUCGGCAGCCUCGAAAAGGUGUUUCUGGCCUGCGCAAUUGCGAUGACGAUGCUGAGUUGUUUGGGAGUUACCCUGCGGAUCUUGGACAAGCUGCCAUGGCUGCGACGGAUCUCUGUCGUCACUGCGUAUCUGGAAGCCGCCUUCUGCAUCGCAGCAUUGAUAUCCUUUCUCAGCACGCACAAGCUUCCGCCUGGGAGCCAGUUCUCUCAUGGGUUUCUUGCCUGUGUAAUCACCAGCAUCUUCGCGUCUAUUGUCGCUAUCAUGCUGACCGUCGACUGGUGGCGUGGGUUUCCCUCUGCAGGCUUGUCUGCAACCCUCAAGGCCCUCAUCAUUUCGUCCUUUGUCAUGACCACAGUCAUUAUCGUUGGAGCCGCCAUCUACUCGUCGCUCGAAGACUGGACCUUUGACGAGGCCGUCAACUUCUGCAUUGUGUCCUUUGCCACUAUUGGAUACGGAAACUUGAGCCCCAAAACGCCAGCCGGCCAGAUCAUCUUUUUCAUUUAUGGACUCUUUGGCAUCAGCUCUCUCGGAUUUUUCGUCGUAUCCCUUCGCAAUGCUGUCAUCGAGCAGUUCCAAUGGCGACUCGUCGACCGUUUCUCAAAACCUGCACACAUCACAAGGGUGCAGACACGAAUGUCUGCCAAGGACAUUUCAUUUCCAGAGGCUCGUUUCGAGGAGGAGCGGCGCGUCAAGAUGAUGGUGAAGCGCAAGAUGAUGUUCAGGAUGGUCUGUAUUUGGAUUGUGAUGUGGUUUGGUGGAGCCGGCGUCUUUUGCGCAUUCGAGCCAUGGACCUAUCUCGAGUCGCUCUACUUUUGCUUUGUAACGCUGACCACGAUUGGAUUUGGGGACUACGUGCCCACGGAACCAGGGGCGAUUGAAUUCUGGAAUGUCUAUGUCUUUGUAGGACUUGCGGUAUUUGCGUACAUUCUCUCAUUGUCAUCAGAGUCGAUGGCUACUCAGAUCCAUCUCGUCGACGAUCAGGACGAGGACGACGAUGAUAUGUAUGGAUGGGAACGCAACGAGGAUCCGAAUGCGCCUCUGACGACGCGCAGCGGAAUCCUUGGUCUGGAGGGUCUGAAGUGGCUGCACCAUCAACAUCAGUUGCAGCAGCAAGGGUCCAGCGCCGACAUCCAGCUUGACGAGGCGGGUAAACCUAUCAGCAACAUUAGUCAUCUCGGAAGCACGAUGCCAAAUCUCGGCGACGACGGUAGUUUCGAUGGAGAGCAGUCGACGCAGUCAACUAUGCAGCGAAACCGAAAUAGACGAAAGGGCUCAACAGGUCGGAUCCUCACAGUCUCGGCCAAGGAACGAAAGCAAAUGCUGCAGGCAGAGUACUAUGCAACCCACUCAUUACCGACCACGAUCCGAUUCGUGGACACUAAGGGAAUGCCACAUCAAAAGACCAUUCGACCAGGCGAUACGCGGGAUAGCAUCUCUGGACCAGGUGGUGCCGAUACGACUAGCGAUCAACCCGCCUAUACCUAUGACACCGUGGGUUACUAUGGCACAAUCGGCCGGAGCGACCGCAGCGGCAUUCAUCGUGGAAGUAGCUUAAGGGAUCAACAAAAUCUCAUCGAAAAUGAAACAUUGUACGGCACUAGAAGCAUGCAACCACUGAACACCGCUCAGACUGGAAAUCAGCGACUCAUCAGGUUUGCCAGGCCGAAUCGAACAGUCGAUGGUGCGACUGGCUGGCCUGGGGGUGAUGCUCUAAGAACUGAACCUGGAUUCGAUGGUCGGAGAGAAAGUGGCUCAGGGUAUAUUCCUUCAUGCAUGGACGUUUUCAGACAGAACAACCAGCAAUCCGGAGCGGGCGAGAGCUCCCCAUGGCAAGGUAGCAACAGUCGACCUGCACCACAGGGAGAGUCUGUAGCUCGUGUGCGUUCUAAAAGUUGGGACCAGUCUGCAAACCAACAGAGGUUGGGGCCAUCGCAGAACGACAUUCAUCGUUGGUUGGCAGAGGAUGCAGGCACGUUGGAAGGACCGGAUUUUAGCAUUACGCACAGGCCAUCAGAGGAACACUUAGGUGCGAGCAUCAGCGCAGACCAGACACGGCCAAGGCAAAGUAACGAUGUCACCAGGGUCAUCAAUCCGCUGUGGGAACAUUCAGGUGAUCCCUCGCAGCAUUCCAAGAGGGUCGAAGGAGAUGAUAAGGGCAGACUGGGUCUUACGCGCGAGGAGCGGCGACACCAGCGGGGAGAGAUAGCGCCAGACGAGAUUCCGAUCCCGUUGACAGACGAGCCAGGCAUCAUGGAUGCAAGCGAGGAGGCGCGGUUCCGAGCUGGGCAGGAUGUUUCACACGGCGCCGCUGUAUCAAGAACAACGUCGCAACCCCCGGUUCAAGGACCAAUCACGCCAAUUACCCUUGUCCACGAACCAACGCUGCCCCUGAACAAUGAAGAAACAUCAUCUGCAUCAAAUAUUCCCGAUAACUUGUUCCUCGGAGGCGGUGCCGGCGCAGGCUAUGGUCUUCAUGCCUACGGAGUCCCACAGUCAGGCUCAAAGAGCGAACUCGAGGCUGGACUUGAGGCAAGAUCUAACAUCGACUUCCAGCGUCCUAUGACUCCGACUUCAGGACCCACACAACUGAUGGAAAACGAAGAUAAUGGCCGUCAGCUCACAGUUCACGCAUCCAACAGCAGAUCGAGGUCACUCUUCUCAAACCAUCCGCGGUCUGGACAAAGCAGUGCGAUGCACUCUCCUACAGGAUCUGCACAGCAUUCGAGACCAUCAUCGGUUCUGAUGACCAUCUUUGAUGAGCCUACGAACCUUUCGAAGUCUCGAACAGCCUCGAGGGCUAGCUCCGUGUCAGGGCCACAGCAUCGCACCAGAAACGAAUCCUCGAACGAUCUUUAUACAGGGGAAGGAGACGAUAACAGCAGUGGCACUCGUCCGCCCCUAGGUGGCCCCGCUCGCUCGGACAUCAGUAUCGGACCGUUUGACGAGGUGCGGAAUCCGGACUUGAUACCUCACUUUGAUGAUGAUGUGGAUCUGAACCAUGCAGAAUUGAAUCCUCAGCAGGUGGAUGAAGAGCACAGGAUGCAGGAACAACUGAGGAGGCGUGAGCGGGAGAUUGAGGCGCGUCUGGCGACUCUACGCGGCAAGGGCCGAGGCGACUAUGCGUAA